AUGCUGAGACUUUCCAACUUUAGGGGCCGCCACCUCAGCUACCAGCGCGGCAAGCACACCCAAAACCCCAACACCAGCCUGAUCAAGAUUGAGGGCGUCGAGAACUCCGAGGAGGCCGCUUUCUACAACGGCAAGCGCGUCGCUUUCGUCUACCGCACCAACAAGGAGAUCCGCGGCACCAAGAUUCGCGUCAUCUGGGGCAAGGUCACCCGCCCCCACGGCAACUCCGGCGUCGUCCGCGCCCAGUUCAGGAACAACCUUCCCCCCAAGUCCUUCGGUGCUUCCGUCCGCAUCAUGCUCUACCCCUCUUCGAUAUAA